UACCCUUGCGCGUUUAUUUGUAGUCUGGACCACUAGAGUUGGGUCUGUACUAGUACGCUUAUGUGGACCACGCGGCGAUUGCGUCCUAGUACGAGUGUACGGGCCCGGCUGGUGGGUAAUAGAAGGUAUGGGAGACGAUGCGGCCGGUGCGGGAGUUCUAGGAGACGAUGCGGCCGGUGCUGGAGUUCUGGGAGACGAUACGGCCGGUGCUGGAGUUCUGGCAGACGAUGCGGCCGGUGCAGGAGCUCUAGACGACGAUACGGCCGGUGCUGGAGUUCUGGGAGACGAUG